GACAGCGCGACACAAGUUAGGCGAAUAGAUUGUGUAGGGAGAAGGAAGGCUAAUGUGGUGCAGACAUGUUUCGCUCCUGAGGACAGGAAGGUUGGCUAAAGAUUUACUGUUGCCAUCCUCUGAGGAGGAGAAAAGGAGACACAAGAAAAAAAGGCUUGUCCAGAGCCCAAAUUCUUACUUCAUGGAUGUUAAAUGCCCAGGCUGCUACAAGAUCACCACGGUUUUUAGUCAUGCUCAGACUGUUGUUCUCUGUGUAGGCUGCUCUACAGUUCUUUGCCAGCCCACAGGUGGCAAAGCCAGGCUCACAGAAGGAUGUUCCUUCAGACGAAAGCAGCAUUAGACCAUGCUAUUUCCAUGCUCAACAUGAUGAUGCUGAUUACAGAAUAUAAUCAGAAUAUAAUCUUCGCUUCUCAGGAUGAUUUGCCUUAUACCAGAUUUCACGCUGCCGUACUUACAAUGGUAGAGUACUUGCAUACAGUUGGCUCUAAUUCAGGGAACAGUUCUGCUGCUGGAGUUUAAUUAUGUGGAAGCGUUUUCCUAAAUAAAAUGAAUUAUGCAACUGA